AGCACGCGAUGUAUGAAUUUGUCGAGAUUUUAACCUGAUUUUAUGGAAAUUUAUUAAUAUUUACAAAUGUGGGCUAAUAAUAAUAAUAAAAAGAAACUUGCUUCAACAUGGACACCAGCAACCCCAUUGAAAACUCCGGAUCAUAUUAUAUCAUCCGAUUAUACAAAAGCAAAAAUAUUUGUACCGUCCUAUGAAAAAAAUUGUGAUCAAUGUAUUGAACAAUUAUUGACCAAUGAGUAUCAGAGAAUUUGGUGGAAGGAGCAGGAAGCGUGGUCGAAAGUAUUUUAUGCAAAUAAAAACCAAAGUAAACGAAUACUAUGUCGUGGGAGGAAUCAAAAACAAAUGUCUAAAUCAACAACUGAGAAAUGUGCUCCAAAAUGCAAAAAAUCACAAAAUGAUGAAAGUAAUUCGAAAAAAUGUUGGAAAUAA